CGGAGGGAAGAGCUAAUGCGGGGACCAGCUGUUGAUGGUCAGCUGAUGUGUCAGACAGACCCCGUCAACUAAGUGCGAGUUGUUUUGUAAACGCUUACCUUGAUAAAGGAAGUUGCAUUAGCUGUUAAAUUCAUAUUUACUGUUUCUGAGACAACUGUCUUCAGUAAUUGACAACAUUGGUUGGGCCGUAACCGAAAAAUGGCUACACGGACCUCAGCAGGCGCUGUCAAUCUGUUGACGUCUUUUUUGUUAGUUUGUUUGCUUCUGAUAAUAUCAGGACAACGCUCAGAGGCUAAGAAUUCAGAAGACAUCAGGUGUAAAUGUAUCUGUCCGCCCUACAAGGAUAUUGAUGGACAGAUCUACAAUCAAAACGUUUCUCUGAAGGACUGUAAUUGCCUUCAUGUGGUGGAGCCGAUGCCUGUUGAUGGUAAGGAUGUGGAGGCAUACUGUUUACGCUGUGAAUGCAAAUAUGAAGAAAGAAGCUCUGGAACUAUCAAAGUCACCAUUAUUAUAUAUUUGUCUAUUCUGGGACUUUUACUGUUGUAUAUGGUCUAUCUGACACUGUUGGAACCUAUGUUGAAGAGAAGGCUGUUUGGCCAUUCACAGCUUAUUCAGAGUGAUGAUGAUGUUGGGGACCAGCAGCCCUUCGCCAAUGCCCAUGAUGUGCUUUCUCGCUCUCGUUCACGCUCCAACAUGCUAAACAAAGUGGAACAUGCUCAGCAGCGCUGGAUGAGGCAGGUCCAGGAACAGCGCAAGUCUGUCUUCGACCGCCAUGUGGUGCUCAGCUAAAAGCACUUUAGUUUCAACUGUUAUAUAUGGGUUUUGGUACUGUGCUAAAGGCUGAGCAUCUGUAGCACCCUGUGCCCAUAUCUAAUGUUUGUGUGUAUUUUCAUGUGUCUACGUUUCAUGUCUUGAACAAAGAGUGUUUUUUUUAGAUGUUUAUCUCUAAUGUCUUCUGAUUCAGUUGCUUCAAUUUGCAUUAACACCAUUGUUCUCAAAUUUUAAAGUUAUGCACUAAGAUAUAAGCCAAAAAAAGUUUACUCCUAAUGCAGUCCAGUCACACUGAAAUUGAUGUGGGGAUAGAAGUGCCAAUUUCCUCAUACAAUUAGGUGAUCCAUUUGUUCUAGAAAUUUUGUAUAUAAAUUUCAAAAUUUGUAUUAAUCAGAAACAUUAAUUCACAGUCCUGUAGUCAAAUGUACAGUGUAAAAAGCCCUCUCUACCACUCUUUUCAUAUUCUUCUCUUUCUUACCUUAUGGUUUACUGUCAGCUAUUAUAUGUAUAUAAUAAUAGUAAUCUGUGGAUGCGUUUAGUCUCAUUCCCCAGAUGAUGUGCUGUUUGAUGACUAACUUCUUAAACCGAUUCCAAGUUUUUCUAGCUUUCUGUAGAUUCAGGUUCAAGCUUCAUUACCCUGUCAUUAAAUGUAGAUUUUUUCUUUA